AUGAUCCGCCACGACUACUCUCGAGUUGAAGCCAAGCGACGCGCGAACCUUGACUACAAGAAGCGGCAAUUCGCCAAAGCCGAGUUCCAGCAGCAGAACUACGAACACAGGCUCAACUUCUACGUGCUACCGCCCACGGCAGAGAUCACAUUGGAAGAGUUCGAGACAUGGGCGAUUAACAGAUUGAAGGUCCUCUCCGAACUCGAAGCAUGCAGUUUUCGCAACAAAGGCCCCGAAGAGACGGCCGAAUACAUGAAAAGCAUACUGGAAAAGUACCUUCCACUGCGAUCAGAUUCGUCACGAAGCCAGAAACUACAGGAGGAAAGGAGGAGAGACCAUUAUUCACACUUUAUACUGCGCCUUGCGUUUUCGUCAACAGAGGACCUGCGACGGCGGUUUUCCAGACUAGAGACUAUGCUGUUCACGCUGCGGUUCAAGGACGAUGAUCUACGAGAACGGCAAGAAUUCGUGAGAAGUCUGAACUUGGAGUGGGAGGAGGUCAAGGAAGACGAAAAGAGGGAGCUCAAAGACGACUUGCACGCCGCGAGUGGCAUCAAAAAGAGCGAGGAUCAGGAUUGGUUCAAAGUCGACUGGGAGAGGGUACCAGAACUCGUUAGUCAAAGAAAGGUCCUUUUGAAGAGAGGAAUGGCAUACGUACCGCAACGGGAACAGAUGAGUCUAGUGGUUGCUGAGUUCACCAAGAAGCUCGACGAAGCACUAGAGCUAACGGCCCGCGCCCUCCCCCGCCUCGACGAAGAUGACCGCCUCGCCCCCAUCCUCGCCCACCUCUCCCAAUCCUUCACCGCCCCCGACGCCGCCUACUCCACCUCGGACGCCAACAUUGACGGUCUCUCCACCAUAACCGCAAACAGCAUCGACACGCUAUCCCAAAACUUCCCCCUCUGCAUGCGCAAUCUACACAUGACACUGCGCGACCAAUCACAUCUCAAACAUUUUGGUCGUCUCCAAUACACGCUGUUCCUCAAGGGAAUUGGUUUGAGUCUGGACGAAUGUUUAGUUUUCUGGCGCAGAAGCUUCAAACUCAUGACAGAUGAAAAGUUCCAAAAAGAAUACAAAUACAACAUCCGCCAUUCCUACGGCGACGUAGGCGGUGACGCAAAUCGCCGCGGCCGCGGCUACACACCGUAUUCCUGCCAAAAACUCCUCACUGAACCGCUCCCCGGUCCUGGUCAAUCCCACGGCUGCCCCUAUCGAACAUUUACGCCGGACAACUUGCUCUCCAUGCUCCAGCGUGUGGGUGUAAAUGACCGCGACGUCUUGAAAGUGGUUAAAGAGGAUGUGGGCAAGCAAAGGUAUCAUGUUGCCUGUAAUAGGGUGUUUGAGUGGAGCCAUAAGAGGGAGAUUAAAAAGGUCAAGGAUGAGGGGAGCUGGAGUGGAAGUGAUUUGGAUACGAUUGUUCAUCCGAAUACUUACUUUAAGCGGAGUUGGUUGUUGAAGCAUUUAGGAGAGGGGAAUGUGGGUGUGGUAGGGGGAGGGGAGAAGAUGGAGGAGUGA